AUGAAUACUUUGAUAUGGAAUUGUAAGGGUGCUAUGAAACCCCAGUUCAGGAAAACAAUGUUGGAUUUAGUGGAGUGGCAUGCUCCAAUGUUGAUGGUUAUCACGGAAACUAGACUGAGUGGUGCUAGGGCGGAGGAAAUGAUUGAAUCUCUGCCUUUUGAUGGGUCGGUGGUAGCUGAUACUAUUGGCUUCGCGGGUGGCAUUUGGCUCCUAUGGAGGACUGAUAUGGUGCAUGUGGAGGUCCUAGCAUCAAUUGAACAGGAGAUACAUGCAAUUAUCCGGGUAAGGUCUCAAUCCCUUAACUGGAUUAUUAGUGCCAUUUAUGCUAGUCCUAGGUUUGUUGAAAGAUGCAUACUUUGGGAAAAUCUUAAAUUGAUAGCUACUUUACAUGACCUUCCUUGGGCUCUUAUGGGGGACUUCAAUAAGGUUAUUGCUGAGGAGGAAAAGGUUGGGGGUAAUCCAAUUUGUCAAAGGAGGGUGCGGGUUAUUAUGGAUUGUAUGUCUGAGUGUCAUAUGAUGGAUUUGGGCUUUUCGGGGCCCAAAUUUACUUGGACUAAUAAAAGAGAAGUGGGGGGUCUUAUACAAUGUAGACUGGAUAGGGUUUGGGCCAACCCUGAAUGGAAAGCAGCAUUCCCUAAAGCUACUGUAACCCAUCUGGCCAAAGUUAACUCUGACCAUUGUCCUCUGUUACUUAGCUUGUCUUCAAAUGUAUCUAAUGCUUCAAGUCGGCCUUUUAGGUUCCAACCUAUGUGGAUGAGUCACAAUGAUUUUCCUGCCAUUGUUAGAGAAUCCUAG